CCGCGUGCGCCAUUUUGACGCGUCUUCAGUCCUCCAGGAAGAUGGCGGUCGCACUUUGUUUAUUUUUACUGUGUUAAAACUUAAAUAUCGCUCGUCAUCGCCGAGUAUCACUGAAGAUAAAGUCUGCUGUUGUAGAGGCGCCGCACGAAGGCUAGAAAUGACAGCACAGAUCCGCAGGAAUAGCAAACUUAAUACAUUAGUGACAAAGCUUCAUGAGUAUCUGGCUUAUUUAUCUGAUGAAGAAAGUAGCGGCCCCGGUCCUGAUGAUUCUAAUGGAAAAAAGAGCAGUGAUGUCACAGAUUUAUUCAUCACCGAUAACACCAGAGAACAGCCUUGCAGCUCAACGGAUAGUGGGAAACACUCGGCACGUUCAAAGAGGAAACCUUCUGUUACCACGAAGAACACUGGAUUUAAUGAAUCUGCUGCUUUUAGAAAAUGUGAUGAGUCAUUCAUGAAUGAAUCUAUCCAUGGUUCAGAGAGCAAUGUUGAUGUAAACAGUUUACCUAAAGGUACUGUGAUAGUACAGCCAGAGCCUGUGGGAAAUGAAGAUGACUUCAGGGGUCCUGAGUUUCGAAGCAGAGGAACCACCAAGCUAAAAAGUGAUGUUUUGCGCAAAAGAGGUGAGCACUUCCAGAUUGUAAGCUGCACUGCUUGUGGACAGCAGGUCAACCAUUUCCUGCGAGACUCCCUUUAUCAACACCCUAUCCUCAAAGUGCUUAUAUGCAAGUCCUGUUUCAAGUACUACAUGAGUGAUGACAUCAGCAAGGAUGUGGAUGGCAUGGAUGAACAGUGUCGGUGGUGUGCUGAGGGUGGAAACUUGAUUUGUUGUGAUUUCUGCAGUAACGCCUUCUGUAAAAAGUGCAUUCUGCGUAAUUUGGGCCGUAAAGAGCUUUCAGCUAUCUUAGAUGAGGAAAACAAGUGGUACUGCUAUGUAUGCAGUCCAGAACCCCUCCUGGAUCUAGGGUUUGCCUGUCAUAAUGUGCUGCAAACCAUGGGACAAAUCUGGAGCCAGCAACGAAAAAGGGGCAAACUAGAGAACGAAAAAGCAGCUGGAGAUGAUGGAAUCCAUAAAAACUUCCAAAAGAACAAGGCAACUUUUCAAGGGAAGGGACACAGCAUUGACAACCACGGAUGCCGUCCUACAGUGGUUGCCAACCAAGAGCUGAUGGUACCAAAAGAACUGGCUAAAAAAACAAAAAACCUUGUUGAAGCCACAUCUGCUUUGAACAAUAUGUUUCUAAAAUUAUUGCAGCAGAGCACAGAAAACCAAACAACCGUUGCUGUUAAGUUGAGCCAGCUGAAGGCCUUCAAAGGAGUGUUAGCUGCUCUAAAAAACGUCCACAGUGCCUUGGAGGAGGCUUUGGAGCAGGAAUACCUGGAGUCCGUACUGCAGAGUGGAGAGGAGACCGUACACAACAUCACUAAUGAUGAAAACCCAAAUGCCAGUUACGGGCAGGGAACUUCUAAAUUUUCACAUAACCAUGCCGAAAAGAAAAGCAAGAUAAAUCAUUUAAUGAAACUUGCCGAUGAAGUCAGUAUGGAAAAUAUUACAGAAGGUGCUGUUGCAGAGAAUGAUAGAUUGGAGAAAAGCUCACAAAGCCCAAUUCAGAAAGGUGGUGGACUGACGAAUGUCCAAGACGCAACUGAAGGGACAUCUGCCAAAGUAACAGGAUGGAAGCCACCCACAGUGCCGUGUGAAACAUCCCUUGGUGUUGCCACUGUUUCACCCAGUCUUCCUGAGAAACAAUAUGAGGUGCCUGAAUCUUCAGAAAAUGCCCUAGGGACAGCACAAAAGGGCUCCGCCAAUUACAGGACAUUUUUAGAGUUGAACCCAGGUCCAUACAGGGUUACAAAAAAAUUGGUUGUGAGACUGACACCUGUUCAAUUGCAAAAAUCUUAUGAAUCUAGUCAUUUUAAGAAGGACAAAGAAAAUAAGAAUGAGGACAGUCACGAGGGAGUGGAUUUCACUGAAGGGCCGUCCGUGGAGCGUGUUCUGCCGAUGGAAAAUGAGCAAGAUAGUAGGCGUUUACCAAGGGUGAAGAUCACGCCUUUGCGGAGGCAAGUGGACAGUAAGGCCAACCUGACAUGCACACAGGGUAACAGUGACAGUGAUGUCGAUGGGGACACGCAAACAGAAGUCCAAGAUGCAUAUAACAUGCCAAAUGGAAAGAAAAAGGGCAGGAUGGUUCCUCCUGUCCUACAGACGCUUGCUUCAGAGGUAGAGAGUGGUAAUGAGGACGGUCUGCAAAUAGUCAAGAGGAAGUGCCUAUUUGGACUGAACAGGAAUUCCCUGCAGUCUCCUGACAAGACGAGCCUAAAACGCAAGCGGAAGGUUAGCUUAUCCGACUCUGAACACAGUGAAUUCACUACGACUAAGAACACAGUGAAGAAAGGGAGACCCAAGAAUGAUUAUACUUCCAGUAAUGAAUCAGAUCUUGAGACGGAAACUGGAAACCUGGGAAAGCAUCGUGUACUUAGGAAUAACAGGAAAAUUAAUGACACUGGAAAUGAAUUAGAUGGUGCACAGGAAAAAGAUUUCCAGAAAGUGAUGAAGACUAGAAGGCCUGCAGUAAACUCUAAAAUGUUUCAGCUUAAAGUUAAGCAUUCAUCAGAAGAGUGUAAAUGUUCUUCUUUUGACAUCCAUGAUGAUGAGGAAAGAAUAUGUACAAUUGAGGACCCUGUUGGCGGUGGUGAUCAAAAUAUGAAACCCAUCACAAAACGGACAAAUGUAUUGGAGACGGGCACUUUCCACCAGGCGCCAGAGGAUGAACCAAAUGUUCAAGCUGCCCUUGAUGUUGAUGGUGAUGAUCUGGAGAACCAUGGUUUGAAGAAGGUUGACACACCAAUUAUAACACACCUUAAAUGUGGCAGCAGAGCUAAGGAGCGGAUUACCAAGCACAGCAGCAAAACUGGGACUGCCUGCACUGUAAAGACCCGAUCUCAAACAACACCUCAAAAAACAUAGCCAGCCAGCAAACGCCCUCACAUCUUGCUCUGUAAUCGGUGAUCAUCACAAUGGCUGUUUCACACAUCUCAUAGUUUGUCUAUGCCAGUAUCACCAUAAACUGCUUUAUAAAGUGCACAAUUCAUAAUAUUCCUGUUAAUUAGAAAAUGACUAAAAUUGAACCAAAGUGGAAACCUUUUUUGGACAGUGUGUCAUUCCCUAACUGCAUUUGGUUUGCAUGUAGAGAUGUAACACUUGUGAUAAAUAUCCAUAUAUUUUUUUUUCCAUAUCCAUUGUCUCAUUGGUUUUGUAUUCAGAGUUGUGACUUUCUUCUUAAGGUUUUUCUUUAUUUAUGUGUGGAAGAUGGGUGUGCUGUGUAAAUUCACUAUGAACUCCCAUUACUAGAAUGCUGCAUACUGUGUAAACUGAAAUUUCAUGACUUGUUACUUCUCAGGAUUUACUGCAGCUCAAGUAUUGCUGCAUGUGAUCUCCAUUCUACAAAAUUCUAUUUCUGUCCCCAGAAUAGUCAUUCAAUUUUUUUUUCCAAAAAUCAGUUUUAUUUGGAAAAACACCUUUCAUUCCCCUGACUUGAUUUACACUAAUUAAAUGAAUGGCUGCAUAUUUAUUUAAAAUAUAACAAAUUAUUUUGGCACACAGUUAUGUCUGUGUGCCAAAAACAGUUAUGUCUAGAUCUGUAGCUAACUAGCCUGAAAAUUUAUCUAGUAUAGCUAGGUAAUUGCUUGCAAGCCAAAGAAACCAAGCACAUUGUUUUCUUUUCAAUCUUCUGCUCAUUGAUAAGAAAAUUAAACAUGCUUUUCCACAGACAGUGAAUGCAUACCAUCUGGCAGGCUGACGGAUUAAGGUUGUGAACAAACAGUUCUCAAACUCUACUUACAGGUACCAAGCUACCUAUAGCCAGUAGCAUGUUUACCUAGUUGGCCAGUAGUUGACUUGCUGUUAUUUUUGUAUAAUUUCUUAAUUUCAUUUUUAAGCAACACAAUGGUUUUCAAAUUGGAAAAAAGUAUUCCUGCUGCUGUCGUGUUUUUUAUUUUUACCUUUUAUUUUAUGAUCGUUGCUUUCCUCGAAAUUUCUCCAUCUGAUAUUUCACAAUACUUACUGCCUCACAGUACUUCCUUGAUCACUUGUAUUUUAGAAUGUAAGAUUUUUUUUGUGCUUUUCUGAUAAAUGCAACCAGACAUGCCUUUCAUAUUGAAGGUUACUAUAAUGUAAAUUCAGUAAGGUAUUUAAAUGUAAUUUGUUUGUAUGCAUUAUUGGUAGUACUGAAAUCUGUAAAUGGGAAAACUCCAUUAGGUUUUUGAAAUUUUUCUGUUUUUGUUAAAUUGUACAUUAAUCAUUUCAUUUAUGUUUCUCCAUUGUACCUGUCUGAGGAAUUUUUUGGGGAAACUAUCGUAGUCCUCUGUCUUAUUUACUGUUUCUUGGGUGGCCUAACAAAUGUAUGUCACCCACACUUGACUGAAGAUGAUUAUUAUGUUGCUAUUUAUGAUCUCUUUGUAAAAUGGAGUUUUGUGAAUAGGCCCAACCACAGAUCCUUUUGUUACCAUUAAACAGAUUGUUAUUGUUUAAUUCUGGGAGAUCUUUAAAUGACUGUAAUUAUUAAAAAUUGACAGUUUCUUUAAUACUAAAGUAACUGUCUAGAAAGUUUAGUUCUUUGUAGGUUGUAAUGGCAUCCUGUUAAUUCUAACAGUUUGGGUGAUGACAGUUUGGCAAUUUCUUACUGCAGUAAUAAAUGAAACCUCAAUGCAUACUUAUUUGAAGAAGUUGACUGAAAUGUCUAUGCAGACAUGCUUAUUUAUGUUUCUUAACUUGUUUAAACUGAUGUGUUAAUUGAUGCACCUCUACAUGGCAAAACACAAUAUCACAGUGUUUAGAAAGCCAGAUGGGUAACAAAAUGAAACUUUUUAUUUAAUACAUUUAGAAACAAAUGUUACAAUCCAAAACGCAUGUGAAUUAUUAUAUAACAUUUAUAAUACAGAAUGGUAUAUAGAAGUACAUUAAUGUAUAUGUCCAAUAAAGUUGAAAGAUUGGAACACA